AUGAAGUACGUUUUCAGGCUCGUCAAGCCUACUACAGUACGUCUCACUUCCUCUGUUUCACACAUAAAUCCUGUGGCUCUGAUGCAAGUGCACAACACUUACCCAAACCAUUACUAGCUGAGCGCCAACACCGCAGGCUCACAGAGAGAAAUGGAAGUGAAUGGAACGAAUAACGGCACAGAUCACUGCAAUACUGAGAGUAAGCUUUAUAUAUUCCUCUCUGUGGUAGUGUCAGCUGAAUUCAUUUUAGCACUGCCUUUAAAUCUGUCUGUUUUGUAUGUCUUCAUUUUUAAAUUCAAAUUCUGGAAGAAUAACAGCCUCUUUCUCUUCAACCUGGUAUUGGCGGACUUGCUGCUUCUGAUAUGCCUGCCAUUUAAAGUAUGUAACUUUGUGACUGGGAUGCGAAAAAGUGAUGACAACAUCAUCUGCAAAGCCAUGCUCUUUAUGUUAUUUCUGAACCGGGGAGCCAGUAUUGCUUUUCUCACCAUCAUCUCUGUGGAUCGCUACUUUAAUGUGGUUCACUCUGGCAGGAAAAACUUUCUGAAGAUUCUUAAAAAGUCACCUCAUAUUUCCAUUCUCAUCUGGCUACUGCUGCUCCCUUUGACCAUCCCUACCAUGCUGGAAACCUUUGAAUGCUGCAACAGCUUUGGUCGUGCAGAGAACCACACACUAAUGACCCAAGUGGCGGACUUCUUAAGAGAGACUGUAUUUUUCACUCAGAUUCUCAUACCUUUCAGUGUGCUAGUGUUCUGUACUGUUCAGAUUAACAACAGACUGAGGAGAAAGACAGUUGGGGACAAGACCAAAUUGCGCAGAGCUGUAUUUCUAAUGGCGUCUGUGAUGCUAGUCUUUACCCUCUGUUUUCUGCCCCUGGCUGUAUCGAGGAUGAUUCUGCUGAUAGUCAGAGUCCGUGAAGAUGCGGUGGCAGAGAAAGUGGUUGUACAGAUCUAUGAUGCCCUCAUGUGCCUCUCGUACAGUGACUGUCUGCUGGACCCUCUGGUGUAUUGCUUCUGCUGUUCAAAAUUCAAAGAAGUGUACUUGUCCUCUGUUUUGCCUUCAAGGGUCAAGAGGCAAACGCAUGAGGGCGAGAGAAGUGUUUCCCGAGACUUGGUGAACUCCUCUAUACCUUUGAGCUCACAUAAAUCUGUGUCUGAACCGUAAUAAGAAAAUGCUAUAAUAGUUACUUGUAUGGCAGUGCUUUUGUUAUACAUAUCAUUGGUUCCUAUAUUGCUGCAAAUGUCUGUACAUAAAUUGUAUCAGGAAAAAACUUUAAAUAAUUAGCAUUUCAUAUCUUGAGAAUACAAUCUCUGACACAUUUAUAGCACAUGUUCUGCACAUUAAGCAGUAAAUCAUAAUUAAGGCUACAUUAUGCUAGAUUUUGUUGCUGAUUGGAUCAUAAACGGCCACAGCAAUGAAGAGGAAGGACUGAUUUUUCUUUAUUAUUG